AUUAUAAACUUAGUGCUUUCCUACUUCCCACCACCUUUCUUAUCUCAUCCAAAUAAUUCACAUAUCCCUUUUCUAUCCCACUCCUCUUAUUUAAACCAAACCCAAAAUCUCCAAGCAAGUGAUUUCCUGGUUCUUGCAUAGCCACUACUCCCCAAAAGGAUAGAAAGAGAAAGGCAAUGGAUAAUGAAGCAGUGAUCAGCAAAGACAUGAAGGUGGAAGUUCCAUCCCAUGAGGCUGCAGAAGUCAUAUCGCCUGUAUCUUCUGGUGGGCUUGCUAGGCAAGGAAGUAUUACUAAGCACAACUGCUUAUGCUCUCCAACGACCCAUCCUGGCUCGUUCCGUUGUCGGCUCCAUCGCACCCCAAGCCUCCAGAGGACAAAGAGCAUCGACUCUCAUGACUCGCAGUCUAAAGUUGCUAAUAAUGCGGUGAACGCUCAGUAAUAACAACAUACAGCAAUGGAUCAGAUAUCAUAUCACGUUCAUGGUGUUUACUGUUGUAAAUGAUCAGUUUAUGGCUCUUAUAUAAGUUCAUGAGAUGUCCUAAGUCAUAUUUGGAGUUUCCUUCUGCAUAUGAGAUGGGCUAGAAAGAAAGAUUCCUGGGCGGUUGUCUUCUGAUUACCUAUAUGUAUGACAAUGAGUCCUAUAUAUGUAUCAGUUUAUGUUUCUGGAGCCGUUUCAGUUCAGUUAUCUUAUUAAGUUUGGAGCAAA